AUGCUGGUGCGAGAAAGGAAAAUCUACCCAACACCUGAGGGCUACUUCAUUGUCACUCCCCAGACCUACUUUAUCACCCCCAACCUCAUCCGAUCAAACAGCAAGUGGUACCACCUGGACGACCGGCAGCAACAACAGCAGCAGCAGUGCACCUCCCCACAGUCGGGCACCAUCACGCCCUCCACCCCGGGCUGCGUGAGGGAGAGGCCCAACCAGAAGAACCACGGUGACUCCUACAGCACGUACCGCGAUGAUACGCCCAUCCCUCAAGCCCCCGCUUACCAGAGGAAGUCUCCCAAGGAGCCUCGGGGAGAUCCCCCCUCCUACCCUCAGCCCCCUCCGGCUCCCGUUCAGACGCCGACGUCACAGUUGCAAGAUCCUCUGACGGACAAGAGCAAGAGCAAUGCCCCCUUCCCCUACAAGACCGACACACUGACCAAAAAGAAGGAGGGCAGUGGUGGCGGCAGCAGUGCCGAGAAGCAAUCAAAGAAGUUUGGGCUGAAGCUGUUCAGGCUGAGUUUCAAGAAAGACAAGCUGAGGCAGCUGGCCACGUUCUCGGCCCAGUUCCCCCCCGAGGAAUGGCCCCUCCGUGAUGAGGACGCGCCUGCAAUCACCAUCCCCCGCACUGUGGAGAUGGAGAUCAUCCGGCGGAUCAACCCGGACCUGACGGUGGAGAAUGUGGCGCGCCACACGGCCGUAAUGAAAAGGCUGGAGGAGGAGCGUGCCCAGAGGAGAAAAGCAGGCAGCUCAGCUGAGCACAGUGCACGCAGCCGGAGGAGUCGUGGUCACCGUCGGGUGCCGCACGGCAAGUCCCGUUCACACAGCAAGACACGCGCCUCCCGGGGCGACCCGUCCGAGAGUUCCAAACUGGACAUGGCCAUGGUGGACAGGGAUUACAGCCGCUUCUUCAGCCACUCGCUGGUGCGCUCCCCGCGUGAGGCCAUGUACACCUUGGAGCGCAAACGAAGCGGCGGGACUUACAUGGUCCACAGCAACCCCAACAUCACAGAGUCCCACUUCCCCGUCACCCCGGAGUGGGACGUGUCCGGGGAGUUGGCGAAAAGGAGGACAGAGAUGCCUUUCCCCGAGCCCUCUCGCGGGACAUCCAGCGGGAGAGUGCACCGAAGCCACAGUCACACUCAAGAAGGAAGGAAGUCGCGCGAUGAGCUGCCCGACCAGGCUAAGGAAAGGUCCCGCUCCAUGGAUAACGCUUUGAGCCCUCUGGGCGGAAUGGGCCCCUCCUCUUUGGGGAUGUCAGAGGACUAUGAGCGGAGUCCCGAUGAGCGGAGUCGUUACUACACAGAUGACGGGACUUUGCGGGCCUCCCAGAAGUCGUCCCACUACUCAAGGAUCAUGUUCUCGGCUGCUAAGUUCAACUCUGAAAUGUGUGUGCCUGAUGUGGGGAAGGGGAGCUUAGGGAAGGGGAGCUUAGGGAAAGGGAGCUUGGACGAGUCUAGGAUACGAAGCCCGCUGGAAAGGAACAAGAGUAGAGACAGCUUGCCGGCCUACAGUGAUCUGAAGGGACUCUCGCCCAAGCCCUCGGCGGAUGACUACUUCCAGUGCAAUACGUCGAACGAAACAAUCCUUACCGCCCCUUCACCUCUGUCAAAAGCAGACCACGACACGUUAACCUCGUCUGAGGGAAUCCGGAAGGGCACUCCGGCUGAUCGCCACACCCCUCACCUUACCUCUCCCCUCACGAUGGAAUACAAAGAGGACUCUUUGGCAAAGGGGCAAAACGGCUCAAAACGGCCAACACCAAGCCAGACCCCAGAGCCCAUGCCUAACGGACGUUUGACACAACACCAACACAACGUAGACCCUGGAGGGGGAGGCGGUGGCGGCAUGGCGGACAAGAGGAAGGAGAUCUUCAGCAAGGACACUUUGUUCAAGCCUCCACACAACGCACUGACUGCAGGCUAUGUGGAGGGCACCUACACCAAGUCGGGCACCCUGCGAAAGACCCCACACAUCAAAUCAGCCGAGGUCCUUGACAAUCAAGAGGCCCAGCAGCCUUCGAAUUCAGCAGCUUCCCCCGCUUCCGCCCUGGGCCCCCAGGGCUCCGAGCCAGCGGUCCCGUCAGCCUCCGAGGCCGCCUUUGACUACUACAAUGUGUCGGACGAUGACGAGGAGGUGGUGGCGGAGGAGGCCUCGCGGAAGGAAUUAGUGGCGGCAGAGGGCAAAGGGCACGGGGAGGGUGGGGGUGGAGUCGGAACCAUGCAGUGGCUUCUGGAGCGAGAGAAGGAGCGUGAUCUGCAGCGCAAGUUUGAGACCAACCUCAAGCUGCUCAGCCCCAAGGAGACAGAGAACAGCAGCAGCCAGAAGUCAGCGCACUCGGCACGUCUGGAUAGCAUGGACAGCAGCAGCGUGACUGUAGACAGUGGAUUCAACUCCCCAAGGUAAGCUGAACCCAGUCUGUUCACUACAGCAACCAGAGGAUUAUGACCAAAGAAUACACAUAGAAAGUGGAUAUCGUCACAAUCUGUAAAAUGUAAACACAACUGGAGACAACUUGUCAUUUUUGGAGGUAUGUUUUGUACACUCCGCUACGUAUUUAUUUGGACAGUGACGCUAAAUCUUAUAAUUUGGCUCUAUACUCCAGCAUUUUGGAUUUGAGAUCAAAUGUUUUAUAUGAGGCGACAGUACAAAAUAUCACCUUUUAUUUGAGGGUAUUUUCAUACAUACAGUGGGGAGAACAAGUAUUUGAUACACUGCCGAUUUUGCAGGUUUUCCUACUUACAAAGCAUGUAGAGGUCUGUAAUUUUUAUCAUAGGUACACUUCAACUGUGAGAGACGGAAUCUAAAACAAAAAUCCAGAAAAUCACAUUGUAUGAUUUUUAAGUAAUUAAUUUGCAUUUUAUUGCAUGACAUAAUUAUUUGAUCACCUACCAACUAGUAAGAAUUCUGGGUCUCACAGACCUGUUAGUUUUUCUUUAAGAAGCCCUCCUGUUCUCCACUCAUUACCUGUAUUAACUGCACCUGUUUGAACUCGUUACCUGUAUAAAAGACACCUGUCCACACACUCAAUCAAACAGACUCCAACCUCUCCACAAUGGCCAAGACCAGAGAGCUGUGUAAGGACAUCAGGGAUAAAAUUGUAGACCUGCACAAGGCUGGGAUGGGCUACAGGACUAUAGGCAAGCAGCUUGGUGAGAAGGCAACAAAUGUAUUAGAAAAUGGAAGAAGUUCAAGAUGACGGUCAAUCACCCUCUGUCUGGGGCUCCAUGCAAGAUCUCACCUCGUGGGGCAUCAAUGAUCAUAAGGAAGGUGAGGGAUCAGCCCAGAACUACACGGCAGGACCUGGUCAAUGACCUGAAGAGAGCUGGGACCACAGUCUCAAAGAAAACCAUUAGUAACACACUACGCCGUCAUGGAUUAAAAUCCUGCAGCGCACGAAAGGUCCCCCUGCUCAAGCCAGCGCAUGUCCAGGCCUGUCUGAAGUUUGCCAAUGACCAUCUGGAUGAUCCAGAGGAGGAAUGGGAGAAGGUCAUGUGGUCUGAUGAGACAAAAAUAGAGCUUUUUAGUCUAAACUCCACUCGCCAUGUUUGAAGGAAGAAGAAGGAUGAAUACAACCCCAAGAACACCAUCCCAACCGUGAAGCAUGGAGGUGGAAACAUAAUUCUUUAGGGGUGGUUUUCUGCAAAGGGGACAGGACGACUGCACCGUAUUGAGGGGAGGAUGGAUGGGGCCAUGUAUCGCGAGAUCUUGGCCAACAACCUCCUUUCCUCAGUAAGAGCAUUGAAGAUGGGUCGUGGCUGGGUCUUCCAGCAUGACAACGACCCGAAACACACAGCCAGGGCACCUAAGGAGUGGCUCAGUAAGAAGCAUCUCAAGGUCCUGGAGUGGCCUAGCCAGUCUCCAGACCUGAACCCAAUAGAACAUUUUUGGAGGGAGCUGAAAGCCGUAUUGCCCAGCGACAGCCCCGAAACCUGAAGGAUCUGGAGAAGGUCUGUAUGGAGGAGUGGGCCAAAAUCCCUGCUGUAGUGUGUGCAAACCUGGUCAAGACCUACAGGAAAUGUAUGAUCUCUGUAAUUGCAAACAAAGGUUUCUGUACCAAAUAUUAAGUUCUGCUUUUCUGAUGUAUCAAAUACUUAUGUCAUGCAAUAAAAUGCAAAUGAAUUACUUAGAAAUCAUACAAUGUGAUGUUCUGGAUUUUUGUUUUAGAUUCCGUCUCUCACAGUUGAAGUGUACCUAUGAUAAAAAUUACAGACCUCUACAUGCUUUGUAAGUAGGAAAACCUGCAAAAUCGGCAGUGUAUCAAAUACUUGUUCUCCCCACUGUAUCUGUUUUAUCGUUAAGAUAAUGAAUGCGCUUUAUGUAUCUAGUCCCUCCAUUUGAAGAUGUCAUAAGUAUUUGGACAAAUUCACUUAUAGUGAAAAGUGUAGUAUUUAGUCCCACAAUGACUACAUCAAGCUUUCGACUCUACAAACUUGUUGGAUGAAUUUGUUGAUCUCAAAUCCAAAAUGCUGGAGUAUAGAGCCAAAUUAAAAGUUUUAGCUUCACUGUCAAAAUAAAUAUGUACUUUUUUGACACAACAUUGUUACGGUAUCUAGCAAAAGAGUGUAGGAGCAGUUGCUAACUAACUGUAAAGAACUUAAGCUAGUUAGCUAACUAUCUUGCUAACUGUGGGGGGCAAAACAUUUCACUUACUUACAGUUAGUCAGGUACUGUACCGCUAUUUUCUAGCAAACGUAAUGCUGCCUCCCAAAGGGAUAAGGUGGCUCCACUAAGGUUUUAUUUUUAUGUUGGUGAUGUGUCCUCUUUCCAAGCGUAUUAGCAUUAGCAUUAGUAGAACAGACAUUCCCAUUCCAAGCAAUGUACACAGUAAUAGCGUGCCAGUGGCUUGGCCAUCCUAUCCAUGCAUCAUGUUUCCACACACACUUGCUUGGAGCAGCUGUCUUUAGAAUGGUAUUAAAGUGAUACUUCGAGAUUUUGCCAAUGAGGCCCUUUAUCUACUUUCCUAGAGUCAGAUUAACUUGUGGAUACCAUUUUUAUGUCUGUAUGUCCAGUAUGAAGUAAGUCAGAGGUAGUUUCAUGAGCCAAUGCUAACUAGCGAUAGCGCAAUGACUGGAAGUCUAUGUGUAUCUGCUAGCACACAGAGACAUAAACAUAUAGUUUUUUUUGUCACUGGCCUACACACAAUACACCAUAAUGUCAAAGUGGAAUUGUUUUUUCGAAAUUCUUACAAAUUAGUAAAACAAUUCAAAGCUGAAAUGUCUUGAGUCAAUAAGUAUUCAACACCUUUGUUAUGACAAGUUUAAAUAAGUUCAGGAGUACAAAUUUGCUUAACAAGUCACAAAAUAAGUUUUAUGGACUCACACUCUAUGUGCAAUAAUAGUGGUUAACAUGAUUUUUGAAUGACUACCUCAUCUACAGUAUUUUUUUUAUUUUUUUACAUCAUUUAGCAGACACUCUUAUCCAGAGCGACUUACAGGAGCAAUUAGGGUUAAGUGCCUUGCUUAAGGGCACAUCGACAGAUUUUUCACCUAGUCGGCUCGGGGAUUAGAACCAGCGACCUUUCGGUUAUUGGCACAACGCUCUUACCCACUAAGCUACCUGCCGCCCUAUGUACCCCACACAUCUGUAAGGUCCCUCAGUCGAGCAGGGAGGUCUUCCAAUGCCUCGCAAAGAAGGGCACCUGGUAGAUGGGUUAAAAAAAUAAGACAUUGAAUAUCUCUUUGAGCAUGGUGAAGUUAUUAAUUCAACUUUGGAUGGUGUAUCAAUACACCAGUCACUACAAAGAUACAGGUGUCCUUCCUAACUCAGUUGCCAGAGAGGAAGGAAACCGCUCAGGGAUUUCACCAUGAGGCCAAUGGUGACUUUAAAACAGUUACAGAGUUGAAUGGCUGUGAUAGGAGAAACUGACGAUGAACAAGAAUUUUCAUUUUGAAUAUUGUAGAAUUUUGAAAAUAAUAAUGGGCAAAUGUAGCACAAUCCAGGUAUUCAAAGCUCUUAAAGACUUACCCAGAAAGACUCACAACUGUAAUCGCUGCCAAAGGUAUUGACUCCUAUAUAUCUAAUCAAGAUAUGUUAGUUUAAUUUUUUAUGACUCUUUUACAAAUGUUAGAAUUUUUCUUUCACUUAGACCUUAGAGAAAUUGGUGUAGAUUGUUGUCAAAAAAUUACAAUUAAAUCAAUUUUAAUCCCACUUUGUAACACAACAAAAUGUGGACAAAGUCAAGGGGUGUGAAUACUUUCUGACAGCACUGUAUAUAUAAUAUUUUAGCUAUAUUCGAUUUAGUAAUGUUUUUUUGAAGGACGCUUAAAAUGGCUUAGUACCGCUUCUUACUUUGUCAUAAACCAAAAUACUUCAGUUGAAAGGAUUUUUUUUGCUAUUGUUGUCAACCUUGUGAACAUGAACCAAUUGUAAUUAAGCCAGACCUAUUAGUUGCGGUAAAAAUGCUAAUUAGCGGUACAAAUGCUAACUAGCAGUGUUGUGCAGCCUUUUAAAAAGUAUGUUUUACUCCUGUUGAUUUCUAUUCCUUUGCUUCUACUGGUAUGUAAUUGACAUUUGGUGGUAGUUGCAGAUGGAAAUGUUACAUCGCCACUGGUCGCCCCAGGCACAUUUGUUAUUGUUUUUGUUUUGUUGACUAAAUGUAGGUGAGGAGCGUCCAAACGGAGGUGAGCAUCGUGGUAAAAACAAUUGUUCUAUCUCGCGUGCAAUGACGUCUGAGGGAAAACUGUGUGUUGUUUGCAGUAACUUCUUUGAUGUUGUAAUAUACCAAACGGUCAUGUCAGUUUCACCAUUUAGGGUUCCAGCUUUAAUCGUUUACAUAUAACAGAUGUGAGCGCUAAUCUAAAUGUUGUUAUGAGUCCUGUUGAUUAUGAUGCCAAAUUGAAAUAUAAAACUUCAAUGUAGCUCAUCCCCAAAAAACUGAUUUUAAUUUGACCAGAUAUACACCCUGAUUGAAGCCUCUACACAUUUGCUGUAGUCUCUGCUGCUUUGUCCUGUUGUUUGGAACUCUUCCUUAUGGAUAUGGCACUAAUGAAUGUAUUACGUCAGGGGUGUCAAACUCAAUCACCGUAAGGGCCAUAUUGAAAAAACACAACAAAUUCACAGUCCAGACAUGACCUAUAUGUUUGUUUUUAGAAAAAAACUGGCAUACAACUGUGACCCAAACUGGCCAUUGUUUUAUUUUAAAAAGUAUGCCCCUUUAUAUAAUGUCCAUUAAAAAGUACAUAGAAUUCUCUAUAUAGCAUUUUAACAUAAAUAAAACAAAAGAAGAGAUAAAUAAUAUUUGUCCAGCCUUUGCUGCUAUGCUUGCAGAUGUGCAUAAUAUGCUACGACCCUAAUAUAUAUAUUUUUUUUAAACUGCAAACAACAAAAAUGUAGGUAGGUUGUUGUAACAUUUAAACUUAAAACAUGUUUUUCAUUUUACAUGCUGCAUGGCUCACCAGUGCGGUUGAAUGCAGCAUUGCUGUAUGGUGCCCUGGAAAUUUAUUGUAGUUGAGUAGCCAGCCUACUGCUCAAAUGUUGACGUAAUAGGCCUACGUUUACCCUUUGUAUGGUGUUUUGUUGCAGGUUUAGUUUUUUGGUUAUUUAUUGUAAAGCUUUAAAAUCUGAAGCCAGACUGCAACAUUUUAGUAGCCUAGGAUGUGGCAUGUGUCUGUGCACUUUCCCUCCGCUGCACGCUAUAAACGGGACACACUUAAGCAGCGCAAUUUGGGAGCGUAUCAGGUUGUAAUUUCAUAAACUGUUGACUCAUCAUACUCGCAUGGGUCCUAAUUUAUACUCACGUGUGUAACUUUUUGACAACCAAUAUGACACUUUCUGUAGUACAGCAAUAACCCAGUUCCUACAACACGCUUAAACUUUCGGGCUGGUAGAAGAUUCAAUCAGUGCCAUUAAGGAGAACAGUUGGGGAUGCUGCAAAUGUUUAGUGAUGAUAUGAUACAGCGCACUGGCUGGCUCGUGGGUGUAUGUGUGUGUGUGUGUGGGUCUGGGAGGUGGUGUGUGUGUGGGUCUGGGAGGAGAAGUGUGGGGCAAUGCACUGCCUUUGGUGCACAGCACGUUGCCUGUGCAUGGCUGCGUGGCAAAAUGAAUUGACAACCCAAAUCAUUGCGCGGGCCAGAUUGAAAUGUGUCACGAUCCGGCCCGUGGGCCUUUUGUUUGACACAUGAGGUUUGGGAUAGCCAAAUUACAAAUUUACAAAUUACCUUGAAAGAAGUCUAUGGACAAGGAGAGACUGCAAUCCAUGCUUUGGUUUAUUUAAACUAGCCUUUGCCACCAACUGCUAAUAUUAUUCUAACCAAAACACAAUGUCCUCAAGUUAGCAUGCUGUAAAUUGCAUGCCCAAAUCAUCCCAAAGUAACAUUCAACUAAGUCAUAGAGCUACACAAUCCAUUUCAGAGAUGAUUUGGGCAUGACCUUUAAAGCAUGCUAACAGUGGGGCAUUGGUAUUUGGUUAGAAAAUGAAAAGCUGUUGGUGGCAGUGGCUAGUUUGCUUCCCACUUAUUGCAAAUCUCCGUUAUCCCCAUCCUCUAAUUCUCUUUCUCUCCUCUCCUUCUCUUUACUCCACGGACGUGUCUCCCUCUCACUGUCGUGGCAGGACACGUGAAAGCCUGGCUUCCAACACGUCGAGCAUCAUGGACAGCAAUAGACGACAGAAUCCAGCAUUGAGUCCGGGCCACAUGGGCACCACCAGCAUUGGUCCGCCGUUCAGCUUUCGCGCCAUCCCAGAACCCCCCCAUACCGCACAGCCUGAGAAACUGCAGAAGUCUUCAACCUGCCUGGCGUCCAUCACUAGCGUCUGA